AUGGCGCCAGCGAGGGAUCACAGCUCAAUCUCGCGCGCUGACUUUUCCCCGGGGCCGGCACCGCCCUCUCCUCUCCAGUUCUCCUACCAUUACAGAGGUUGCACCAACGCCGCCGCUGCCGCCGUCAAGCUCCAGGACUCGACCAUUCUGGCCCAGCCGCCAUUGAACCAUCCCCUCGGCCGUCUCUCCUCCCCGACCAACUACACCGGCGGCCUUCUCUCUCUAGGAUCCCACUCCAUCCUCAGCUUCAAGGCCCUCUCGGAGAGCUCCUCUUCCAACUCCUCCAUGCUCAGCUUCGAGCAAGACAACCUCAAGGGCCCCCACCGCCGGAAAACCCCGGCGGCAGCGGUGGCCGCCGGCGAUCAAGAGAUGAACUGCUUCGAGAUCUCCAGCUGUUACGAGCAGGUGGCGGAGACUGUGAGGGAGAACCAGAGAGAGGAGGAAUUCGGGUGGUUCUGCUCCGAGGAGAUUAUCGGCGGCGAUGGCGGCCUCCAAAAGCGGCCUAACUCGGUAUUCUUUUCUGGGUUCCUUCUUCUAUUUUAGUUCGAUGCUCUUAAUUACACGCAGAAGAUCCUAAUCAUGGGUGCUGUUUGAUUGUUUCAACCAUCUAAACUGUUCAUAAUUUCUCCGAUUUCAGUGGUGAUGAUGAAAUCAUGAACCCCUCGUUUCUCAUCUAUUAAAAAUUACAAGAUCCCUAUCAUCGAUAAACGCUUUAUUUCCAUCGAUAAUAAUCACAAAGUAACUCCAUUCCUCCUUUCCUUCGCAUGUAUGAGAUCCUAAUUGUCAAUAAUUUCUUGACUACUACUUCACAUAUAUUUUCUUUUCGCAAAAUUUAGCAAUGUAUCUAUUGCCCACAAUCCCUUGAUGGCUAUCUACUGUAAUUGCAUGUUAAAUAUAUACAUAAUUUAAUACAUCAUAUAAAAAUAUUAUAUUUUUUGUCACUAUAUAUAUAUGUAUACAUUUUAGAAAAAUAUACCUCUCUAACAUACGCAUACAUGACUUUGUUGGGGCUACCUAUUCUCAUAGGGUGCUGAGGGCAUGGGUUCUAAGAGACAUUGUGCUACCACCCACAGCAAAUCCAAGUCCAAAGUCAACACCUGCAAGGAUCCUCAGAGCGUCGCAGCAAAGGUACCCACUAUCAUUUCAUACGAACGUAGCGUUAUGUUAUAAUUCCUCCAUCCCUUGUCAACUGGGUUUGAGGAGUCAGAUGGUCAAACAAGAUGAUGUGCUCUUGCUCAUGGUAGAAUCAGGGAUGCGUGUUUCACAUUAAACUUGCUCCCUCUACCCGCAACCAAUUGGGUUUGACUUAGACAGCCAAACCGUUGAUUAGUUAAUGGUACUAACCAUCCCAAAAAUUAAAAUGUGUUCUUGCUUGUGGCUUAGAACCGACGGGAGAGGAUAAGCGAGCGGCUGAAGAUAUUACAAGAUUUGGUGCCCAACGGAACAAAGGUGAGCGCUUUUUCUUCCCAACUUUCUCUAAAAUUGGGAAAUUUUAUGAUCAUUAUGACUAUAAUCUUUUCAAGUGACUCUCCCAUAAUUAGUGCAGGUUGAUUUGGUCACCAUGCUGGAGAAAGCCAUAAGCUACGUCAAGUUUCUCCAGUUACAAGUGAAGGUGACGUUCGAUUGAGGCUGUGCCUCCUCAGAAUUAUCUAAUCUUAAUGGUGAUUUAAAAACUGAAUAUUAUGUUAACUAUUUAAAAAAAAAUAAAUCAUGUAUGGAUAAAGAGAAAGAUGACCCUUUACUAUUUUCACAAGAUCAAUUUUAUCUAGUUGAAUAUAUGAUGCUUAAGCAAGACUCUCUUGAAAUAAUCUUAUCCACAAAAAAGUCUGAAUAUCAUCAUAAAAGGGGUGGGUUUCCUCUUCUUUUGGACAACAGAAGUCUCUUGAAUAAUAUUAUCUACAAAAAAGUCUGAAUAUCAACAUGAAAGGGGUUUCCUUUUCUUUUGGAUAACAGGUGCUUGCAACAGACGAGUUUUGGCCUCCGGACGGUGGGAAAGCUCCGGAGCUGGCGCAGGUGAAGGAAGCCAUCGACGCCAUCCUCGCGUCGCACAACGGGAGCCCCUCGUGA